UGCGCAUUGAGGGAUGUCCAGCUCCUCAUCUGCUCUCUCCACAGCAUCAGCACCAGACGCCGCGUGAGAAACAAACCCAGUCGCAUCCCCGCCGAGCGCAAGGCUGCGUGCGGCUCAUUCAAUCUGGAGCGUCAGAUGGUCGGGUUGGCCGGAGCGCGAGAUGCUCUGCCUCUUUGUCCCCCUCUACACCCGGACCGUGCAAGUUAACCCUGGAAGGGGCCAUUAAUAGUUUAGGGACCCUUGAACGAGCGAUUCACAGAGCCCGAGAAGACACAUUUCAGCUUCACUGACGGGCCAUUUACCGAACGAGCGACUGGAUUACUGGAUGAUUUUAGCGUUCCGGUGGAUUUCGUAGACGAACGCGCAUUGAAAGCGAAUUAUUAAAUGUGUUAAUUCGGAUUCUUGCGAGGGAGGAGCGAGCGUAAACAACACUGGAUUGCUUUGUUUGUCAUACACGGACCCGUGGAAGAGCAAAUCGAGAUGUCUUUCGUUGCCGGAUUUGGAGAUAUCUUAUAAUAACGCGUCCCGUUAUUUCUCGAGCCCCUCCGCGCGCUGCUUUCUUCCUUCUCUGUAACUUAGGGAAGUGUUUUCCCGUCUUGCUUUCACCUGCUUGACUUUGUAUCAUACGUUCACGUUACUUUUCUAACAAAUACGUGCAUGCACUCGGAUAGUUUUCUUCUUCGGUGCGCUUUUACGCGAAGGGCGUGUUUGAAUCGGUUUUGGAGUGAAGAAAGACCCUUGUAAACGCUCGUUCACUUAUUGCCCGGGUAUCUGGGCAUCGUUUGUGUGGAGUUACAGCGACCCACGUGGAAACACGGACUCUACGGAGGACAAGAUGAGCUGUUGCAGUGGUAGAUGUACGCUGGCCUUUAUAUGUGGCAUGCAGCUGAUCAGCAUCUUGGAACGACAGAUAUUUGAUUUCCUCGGAUAUCAGUGGGCUCCAAUACUCACAAACUUCAUCCACAUCAUUACAGUGAUCCUCGGCCUCUUUGGGACCGUACAGUUCAGACCACGAUAUGUGACCGGGUAUGCAGUGUGGUUGGUGCUGUGGAUCGCCUGGAAUGUCUUUAUCAUCUGCUUCUAUCUGGAAGUGGGUGACCUUUCAAAGGACACAGACCUGAUUAUGACCUUUAAUAUCUCCAUGCAUCGCUCCUGGUGGAUGGAGAACGGCCCAGGGUGCAGGGUGACCCCUGUGACUCCUCCUCCUUCUUGGGCCCCGGAGGACCAUCGCUACAUCAGCAUCGCCGGCUGUCUGCUGGAGUACCAGUAUGUGGAGGUGGCUCAAAGCUCCUUACAGAUCAUCCUGGCUCUGGCUGGGUUCAUCUAUGCCUGUUACGUUGUGAAACUCAUUUCAGAAGAGGAAGACAGCUUUGACUUUAUAGGAGGGUUCGAUUCAUACGGCUACCAAGGACCACAGAAGACAUCACAUUUGCAACUACAACCAAUGUACAUGUCAAAGUGAGAGGAUAUCUGCCUUAUCAACCAAUCAAAACGAAGAACUGAUGUUCGUCUUUCUACGUAAAUGUCUUAACAUGAUAGUGUCUUACGAACUGUCGGAGGAACACAGAACCGACGUUUAACCUCAAAAACUAAUGCAACCUAGUGGAUUUUCUUUGUCUAUGCCCAGCCCUUCCUCUCUCUCUCUCUCUCUCGGUCUCUCUCAGCACCCGAGCAUCGCUGCAGAGAUCCAGGAGGUACGAGAGAGCCACCCUGUGGCCAAGCUCCCUCAGCAGACUCUCGCUUCAUUGCAACCAUGAACAAUACAGAGCGGUGCUGAGCAAAUGAGCAGAUUGUGUUGAUCUCUGCGGAUGCCAGAAGACAGAAAUUACAAAGACUUGGAAUCGUGCAAUGGACCGGGUGGAUCCAAGCAGGACAAAAACCAUCCGCACUUAAAGAAUGUUCAUUAACCAGUCAGUAUGAUAUUAGUUAACUGAUGUAGUUUUACAAUCUUCAAAUGUUGACUGGGGUAAAUUGUCGUGGUCGUGUUUACAAAGGGUUAUUCUAGCAGUCACGGUUUUCUUACCCGAUUAGUUUUUCUUCUCCUGGAUGUACGUGUGCGUUGAAAGUGCCAAGACGAGUUACAAAAAAACGAAUAAAGAUAACAGUAGCUGCUAAGAGAUUCAUAUUUUUUGGAGUUAAAGGAUGAUUUUAUCAGAUCAACGUCAACACAGGAUGAACCGUACUUGUUUGCAUGGGGUGUCAAAGUCUGUUGCGUAUUUAAUAUAUUUCAGCUAGAAAUAGGCCGACCUUGGAAGAGGUAGCAGUUGGCCGUCAAGCGACUGUCCUUGCUCCAAAAGGUUGUUUGUGAAUAUCGUGUUUUUUAAGAUGGUGUUGAGUCCUGUUAUCGAGAUACCGAAUAGAAUACAGUCGUAACUUCUUUCUAUUUUAAGCCUUUUUUUAACGUGUGCCACUGUUCACUAUUUUCUAGUAGACUAAUAAUUUAUUAUGCCAUGUAGGUGGGCAUUUUUCAAGUUAAAUGUAAAAUAUUUGGAGGGGGUGGGAAUAGAGAGAAAGUCAAUAUGGGUUGGAACUUUUUGUUUUGUGUCAUACCAAGAAGGUGAAAACCAGUUUCAAAUGCAAGUUUCAAAUUGGUGCCCGGAUUUCGUGCGAGAGCUCUGUUCAUGUUCCCCUUUAAAAAAAAAGCUAUUCGGGGAUUUCCACUCUUUGAUUAAGCUAUACUGUAUGGCAACCUCCUGAAUAUCACGAAACAAUUGUGAGCCUGGACCACAAAAAUUAGUUAUAAGUCGCAUGGGUAUAUUUGAAGAGUUUGGUUCCAAAACAAGAUAAAUCCAUUGCGACUAAUUUCAAUAAAAAUGUGUUUUCUAUACCAAGAAAGUGACAAGAUGAAAACCACUAUUUUCUGUUACAAACUUUCACAUAGCAUCUUUAGGUUAUAAUAACAUUAAAAAUUCAAAUCCGUAAUUUGAUUAUCAAAGAUUUAUUAUAAAAACUGAUUAUUUUGUUCCACAAAAUGCAAUAAAUCUAUUGAAUUCAUAUAUAAAUGUGCAUUCAUCUUUGCCAUGUUAUAUUCAUUAGUUGAUUAGUGGUAUACACUGAUUAAAAAUAGCCUAAACAUUAAUGGCAUUAAUCGAAACACUUACUUUGGUCCUGCUUGAUUUUUGUUGGCUUGGCGUAAAAUAAUGGAAAGUUUUUCAUAAGAUCCCCUGGGUUCAAUGUGUUAGCAUGACAGAAGUGUGAUGCUGUCGGGAGAACAAGCAAUCGGAAUUUUUCCGUCUCCCGAGUGCCUCUCACGUAAAUUAUUAGAUUUUGAUUCUUUCCCAUCACAGAAAACCACCACAGGUUUAUUAAUGCCAUCAAAGUAUUAUUUUGUUGUUGUUGUUUUUUUUCUUUUGUUGAUCACGAAGUACAAAGUAGGUGAGGAAAACUAAGAUUCUGUGUAUUCAACGCGCCGCCAUUAUUGUUUACAAUGUGUGGAAUAGUGCGCUGUGAUUUGUUGAUCGGAUUUAUUGCAUUCUGCAGGGAAGGAGGAGUGGCGCUUAUUGCAUUUUGGGGGAAAAGGGAGAAAAGAUGACAGAAUAACACGGCGGAUAUUGGAUUUUGUAUAAAAUUAAGAAUUUACUUUUAAAUACUGACCUGAUACAAUACAAAUUUUGGCGGUAACUAUUUUUUUUUUAAAUGGCGUUUAUCGCGUUUUGGAACCAAACUUUUAAUUUGUAGCAAUCGUCAACAAUACAUUGUAUGGGUCAAAAUUAUUGAUUUUUUAAUAACAAAAAUAAUUAGCAUAUUAAAUAACAGUCCCUCCAGAAAAACGCGAUUAUGCGAUCGCAUGAUUCAAGUCCCCAUAUUUAUGCGAGGACAGCAUUUUUUCAAAUGUGCCGCACUUUCGCUGCAUAAAUUGCAGAUUUUCACGUGCGGGUUUUGCAUGAUUUCAUAAUCAAUAAUCGUAGCAAAAAUCACAUAUAUCUUAGCAGAAAGUUGAAAAAUGUUGCAUUUACUUCAAAUGAGCACAGCCAUGUCCCCUGUUGCCAUGGGAACAUUAUGAAGUGGCAUAAUUACGCGACCGCAGUUUUUGCAAGUUCCCGCCAUUUCAUCGCAUAAAAUUGCAUAAAUUUCUCGCAUAUUCCAUCCCAUUUUUUAAGAAAACAAGUUCAAGGAUUUUUGAUGUAUGUAUCAUUAGUAAUAUGUGUUGCUAAAGACUUAAUUUGGACAAUUUUAAAGGCAAUUUUCUCAAUAUUUUGAUUUUUUUUUUUUUGCACCCUCAAACAAAUAUUGUCCUUUCCUAACAAACCAUACACUAACGGAAAGCUUAUUUAUGAUGGAUAAAUCCCAGAUAAAAAAAUGAUCCUUAUGAAUGGUGUUGUGGUCCAGGGUCACAAUUUCCUUUUAUACCCCACUUUCAAUCGUCUAGAAUAUUUCGCAUAUAGCCCCCGGAUGAUGAAUCUAAGUUUAAAAUGUCUUUAUUUUGGUCAAACUGCCAUGCCAUAGCUAAAUAACACAUUUUGCAUUGCCCUACAGGUAAAUGGAUGAUGAAAUAUGUAUUUUACCUUUUCUCGUAAACUGAUUCCUUUAUGUGUGCAGAAACUGUCGGGUCAGGUUAUAUAUUCAAAUUCCCAGAGAGAAAGUGCCUAAACAACAUCCUGUUAACAUUGCAAUAAAUGGCAAUCUGCUCUGAUUCAGAAUGGCUGAAUAUAAACAGAGGGUCUAACUGGGCUGUGUUUAAUUGAUCCCCAUGUGAACUGCACUGGCAACGCUUAAUGGCUCUGAUAAUUAAUAAAAAAUAUUUUAGCCGCACUGCUCUCCAGACCUGGCAGGCAAAUAAUUCCCUAUGGUCCUUUACAAGUUAUUUGUGAUUCUGUUUCAGUAUGAAGCGAUUUGUUCAUAUGGUUAAUGGAACAGAAUAAUAAAACCAUGAAAGUAAAUCUACUGUAUGGGUCUCAAAAAAACUUUUGCAUUUCGGCAUUUUAUUAAUGAUAACAUCAUGAAUAAUAAUAAAACAAUCUAACCUAAUGAGAUUCACUAAUGGGAUUAAUAAGGGAUUGGGAAAACCUCAAUGCUAAACUACAAUUCAGAUGCAUUACAGUAAUGAGAGACUGGGGAAAUGUGCUGUUAUGAAAAUAAUGUUGUCCUACUGUAAUGUAUCCUAAAAUAUAUUGAAUGUUCUGGUAACACUUUACAAUAAACAAUAAACUAACAAUGAGCAAUAUAGUGUUUCAGCAUUUAUUUAUCUUUGUUAAUCUUAGUUAGUGCCUAUACAAUUGUUUAUGUUAGUUCAUUGUGCAUUAACUAUAUUGCAAUUUUUAACAAAGAUUAAUAAAUGUUGUGGUAUUGUUCAAUGUUGUGUUAACAAAUACAACCUUAUUGUAAAGUGUUAACAGUUUUCUUUAUGCUAAAUUGAUUUUCUUUAUAUGUUUUCUUUUAAUUUGUGAUCUGAACUGCUUUAUUCUGUUUGCAUAAAUUCCUGAAAGAUUGCAGAUGUUACAUUCGCCUGGCUGGUGUACAAAUGACUUUUAAGAUGUGUGUGUAUAUACAUUUUGAUUGAUUUAAACAUGGUGCUUAAUUAGACUUAACAUAUUGAAUAAAAAAGUAAAGUUAAAGCAAAUGUUACCAUUCUUUAACUUGCAAGGAACAGUCUAAGCUUACGUGCAUUAAAAACAUGUAAAACAAGCCCUGAUAGUCACACCUACUAUAAGCUGUGGUAAGUGUCACAUCUGAUUAUCAUAAUUAUUGAGCUGAAAGAAGCCUGAAUGAUAAUGAAUAUGCUACAAGUUCAGGAAUUCUUGCAUGAUGCCUCGACCCGGGCCAGGAGUAUACAGUGUGUGAUUUCACCAUGACAAUGCUCUGACCAAAACUGUAAAUAAAAAAUUGAUU